UGUCCCACGUCGCUUCCACUAUGACGUCAAAACAAGGAAGAAGAGGAAGUGCAAUGGCAAAAAAGAAUGUAAAUAAAAACACAAAAUUAGACACAUCCCCGGUGCUAAAGGGGGAACAAGCCAAACAGAAAGACAUGAAACAACUACAGAUAUAUGACAUAUUUUCUUUAGCAGCUCUUGUUUUGGUAGUAGCCGUAUGCGUGGCACCGCUGGCAGCUGAAAUGUCCAUUUCUAGCUUCCCGCAUCAUAAGCACAUUGUCCAGAAAAUGGAUGAGGCAUUCCUGGCAGUCAACAAUGAGCUGAACACUGACAUUACAGUGUCCUGGGUUUCAGAGCGAUGUUACCAGUGUUUGUACCAGAACCUUGGGGUGGUAUCUGGUGCACCCAGUCCAGGCCAGCCCAGUUCAGCUGACUUUGUUGUGAGCACACAACAUACAAUUACGCUACAGCUCAACAGUACUGAAGCCAACCUUGAGCUCUGCACGUUUCCAUUCCACUUUGGGGAACAUGGAAAUUACUCUCUUUGGGUGAAAAAUCUGAACAACUCCUCAUUAAGUAACUGCUCUGUGGUCACUGAUGCAGACCCUGUUAACAGCUACAUACCCAUCUUAAUAGCUUUUCUUGUGUUGGUUGGAUUGGCCGUGGUCUAUGCCAUCGGAAAAACAUUAUUAGGACUAAAUGCAGUGAGGAGUAUCUUCUUUCAGAUCACUGGUACCAUGGAAACAGAGAGGCUAAUUAACUCUGAACUGGGUUCUCCCGGCAGAACAGUUACAACAGUCACUGACAACAUCCUGCCUCCCCCUCCCAGCCCCAGCAAGAGGCUCCGAUCUCUGGACACAUUCAGAGGUAUCUCAUUAGUCAUUAUGGUGUUUGUGAACUAUGGAGGGGGUCGAUACUGGUUCUUCAAGCAUGAGAGCUGGAAUGGUCUUACGGUUGCAGAUCUAGUGUUCCCUUGGUUUGUCUUUAUAAUGGGGACGUCCAUUGCCCUUUCAAUCAAUUCCCUGCUGCGUUCAGGUACGAGCCGUAGCUCAGUGCUGAAAAAAGUUGUGUGGAGGAGCCUGCAGCUUUUCAUCAUCGGUGUCUUCAUUGUUAACCCAAACUACUGCCAAGGACCAAUAUCAUGGGACAACUUGCGGAUUCCGGGUGUGUUGCAACGUCUGGCCUGGUCUUACCUGGUUGUAGCCUGCUUGGAUCUAUUGGUGGCAAGAGCUCACCUUGACAUCAUUUCUAUGGAGGCUUGGUGGUCCUGUGGCCUUGAUAUUUUGCUGUACUGGCCAGCCUGGCUGUGUGUGCUUCUGAUGGAGGUCAUCUGGCUAUGUCUUACUUUCUUACUUCCUGUACCAGGAUGUCCAACAGGCUAUUUAGGUCCAGGUGGGAUAGGGGACAUGGGUCAGUUUAUCAACUGCACUGGAGGAGCUGCUGGUUUCAUUGACCGCUGGCUGCUGGGAGAAAAGCACAUUUAUCAGAAUCCCACAUCACGGGUUAUUUAUGCAACCCACAUGCCAUUUGAUCCAGAGGGUGUUCUUGGCAGCAUCAACUCCAUCCUCAUGGCUUUUCUUGGAUUACAGGCAGGAAAGAUCAUCUUACACUACAGGGAUGUCCACACAAGCAUUAUGUCAAGGUUCCUUAUUUGGGGUCUCUUCUUGGGAGUCAUAUCAGCCGUUCUGACAAGAUGUUCCACAGACCAAGGCUUCAUUCCUGUUAACAAGAACAUGUGGUCUUUGUCCUACGUGACCACACUGGCUUGUUUUGCAUAUGUGCUGCUAGUCCUCGUCUACUACACAGUGGAUGUGAAGAAGUGGUGGUCUGGAGCCCCUUUCUACUACCCUGGUAUGAACUCCAUCCUCGUGUAUGUGGGUCAUGAAGUCUUUGAGGACUACUUCCCCUUUCGCUGGCGAAUGGUUAACAGCCAAUCCCAUGCUGAGCAUCUCACCCAAAAUCUGGUGGCUACUUCCUGUUGGGUCUUCAUCUCCUAUGUGCUUUACAGGAAAAAGAUUUUCUGGAAGAUUUAGAAGUAAAGGCCUCAAAUGGGACAUGCAGAACCAGAUGGCAUUGUUUACAUCAGAAUAUAAAAGGCUGACUCAUGGUGGUAAAACUAAGAUGGUUGUUUUGAAUCAUGUGGGUUUUCUAAGCUACAAUUCUCUUCUGGUUCUUUAGAUUUUCAUAUUUUUAGAUGCUACAUUAUAGGACCAUGAACGGCUAUUAAGGCAAUUUUCAGAUAUUUGUGAAGCCAAUGACUCAGGAAGAACUCACCCUAGAGCAGUUCAAUCAGUUAAUCUGCUGUUUAUUUAAGUGAGUGUUCUCGAAACUGGUUUUUAUCCCUCAUAUCGCACUGUACACUGCAGCAGCAGGUUGUUGUUGACUUCCCCUUGGGGGAAUCCCUGCUUUCAUUUUAAGAAGAACUGAUAUUAUUACUCCGAAAACUGAAGUGGGUUUUGUGAGACUGACUCUUUAAAGGCCAAAUGGAGAAACUAAACUAGCUGAAGUGAAAGUGCUGCAAAUUAUUCUGUCAGAUUUUUCACUGAUUUUAAACUUAUUUACUGAUAAAGUGAUAUUUAACCUGAAACGUUGAUUAUUCCCAUGAAGUGCAUAUGAUGCUUUGUGUGAUCAAGUGCUUAGGGCCGUAAGAGAGUAAGUCAUAUGACUACCUAUGGAUACCCACAGCAGAUUUAGCUUGGCUUGUUUUCAUGUUAGGUUUAUGAAGCGUUUCCAAAAAGCCAAAAUAGUCUCUUUUUUUUCUAAAUUAUGAUCAUCAAGGUACCCUUACCAUUAGUGUUGGCAAGAAUUACUUGCCUGUCUUGUGCCAAACUGUUGCUGCUUUUAAGUAGCCAUUUUUACACAUUUUGUGAAAUGUGUUGUGAAUGUACACAUUACAGAAUCCUUCUGUGUAUUACCUUUGUACAAUAUUGUAAUUGUGACAUUUGUCACUACCUAAAUGUGGCCCUGUCUGUGAUUAGCAGGGAAUGUAAAUAUUUACUAAAUCCACAUUUUGAAUAACAUGCUCCCUCUGAACAAUAUCUUAAUGCUGAGAACUUUUGGAUAAUUUCUUUCUAGUACUGUCCUCAGUGAUGAAUUUAUUUUGUCAAGCUUUUAUACAUUUAAUUUUUUUAUAUUCACCAUUUAAAAAUAUGUUUAUGUAAUAAAAUAUUCUCAAACAUUA